ACCUUUCAAUCACACCAACGCUACGAUUCGCUUAAAACUACAACUCCCAGAGGCACUGCGCCCGGCUGUUUGCUCCUCCAAGUCCCAGACGCCUUUGCUGACAACCGGAAGCUUGAGAGAGAGAGAGAGAGAGAGAGGAGGACGUAAGAUGGAUUUCAUCCCGCUCAAAGAGGAGGCACCCAAAUUGGAAGCCCCCGUCGCUACGGGUGACACCGAAUUCGAACUCUUGACUGUUAAACCGGAAGACACCAACAAGAUCGAGGUCAUGAUAAGCGAAGAAACCAACCUCUCUGUCACCUCCCACCACUGCCCCGAAUGUGGGCGGGCCUUAACUCACUCCGGGCACCUCAAAACACACCAGCGCACUCACACUGGAGAGAAACCCUAUCAGUGCAGCGAAUGUGGGAAGAUUUUCACCCAGCUGGGCAACCUCAAAGAACACUGGAGAAUUCACACUGGGGAAACCCCUUACGAGUGUCCAGACUGUGAGAAGAGCUUCACUCACUCCAGGAGCCUGAGAACCCACCAGCGCACUCACACAGGAGAGAAACCGUACCCCUGCAGCGAGUGUGAGAAGAGCUUCGGACAACUGGAGCACCUCCAGAACCACCGCCGAGUCCACACCGGAGAGAAACCGUUCUGCUGCUCGGAGUGCGGGAAGAGCUUCAGUCAGCUGGAGAAUCUGAAGACACAUCAGCGCACUCACACAGGAGAGAAGCCGUUCCAGUGCAGCGAUUGCAGGAAGAGCUUCAGCCAGCUGGAGAAUCUGAAGACACAUCAGCGCACUCACACAGGAGAGAAGCCGUUUCAGUGCGAGCAGUGUGGGAAGAGUUUCACACGAGCCGGGACCCUGACCAAGCACCGGAGACUUCACACAGGAGAGAAGCCGUAUCGGUGCGGUCACUGCGGGGGCAGAUUCACCUUCAACCAGCUCAAAGCUCAUAGGUGCCAACAGGAAACUGCGUUUCCUAUUGGCACCUAGGAAAAUGUUUUUUUUUUCUUGUACAUUUCUUUUCUUUUUUUAUGGUGGUCCAGUGGUUAGAGAAAGGGGCUUGUUACCAGGAGGUUCCCAGUCCAAUCCCAGCUCAGCCACUGACUCACUGUAUAUGUGACCAUGAGCAAGUCCUUCGGAUGAGAUGUAAAAACUGAGGUCCUAUUGGAAGUGACUGUGACUGUAAGACCUCACCUAAAAUAUUAUGUUCAGUUCUGGUCACCUUGUUACAAAUAGGAUAUUGCUGCUCUAGAAAGAGUGCAAAGAAGAGCGACCAGAAUUACCCCGGGUUUAAAAGGCAUGUCGUAUGAAGACAGGCUAAAAGAAUUGAAUCUAUUCAGUCUUGAACAAAGAAGACUACUCAGCGAUCUGAUUCAAACAUUCAAAAUCCUAAAAGGUAUUGACAAUGUCGACCCAGGGGACUUUUUCGACCUGAAAAAAGAAACAAGGACCAGGGGUCACAAAUGGAGAUUAGAUAAAGGGGCAUUCAGAACAGAAAAUAGGAGGCACUUUUUUACACAGAGAAUUGUGAGGGUCUGGAACCAACUCCCCAGUAAUGUUGUUGAAGCUGACACCCUGGGAUCCUUCAAGAAGCUGCUUGAUGAGAUUCAGGGAUCAAUAAGCUACUAACAACCAAACAAGCAAGAUGGGCUGAAUGGCCUCCUCUCGUUUGUAAACUUUCUUAUGUUUUUCUUAUGUUCUUAUGCAGCAGUAGCGGUUGUUGAUGAUGCACAGUUCACCCCCUCAUCUCUAAGUCGCUUUGGAUAAAAACCUGCUAAAUAACUCUUUAGUGUUCACAGAUAUUCUUGUUUGCAAUCAUUCUUUUUGUUGUAUAAUGUUAAUGUCAAGUUUCAUCACAAUGGGGUCGGCAGUUCUCCAGAUAUAAGAAUCAAUGUGAAGUGCACUGUGUGGUUUUUUAUUUGCUUUUAUUACUCAAGCACUGCAGGGUUGGAAGUAUGACUCCUGUCGCACCGCAAGUCAGGCUGGAGGUCAAUACCUUUUUGAAAUCUCAAUUCCAAUUCCCUUUUACUCAAUUGCAACACAUCAUCGUUGAUCAAAAUCACAAUCAGCAGUAUUCUGUGAAAACCAGCUUCACAUUUUCGGCGGCAACAAAUGAAUUGAAGAACUCGCUGUUUGUUUGUCAAUUAAAUUGGCUUCAAAUGAAAGAAGCUGAACAAUCACAACAAUUAUUAUUAUAUCUCUAAAAUACAAAUUCCAAUUCCUUUUGAAGGAAUUGAUUUUAAAAAGGAAUUGAAAAAUAGGAAUUGACUUCAACCCUGAGCACCCUGCUUCCUGAUUUGAAACAGCAAGUAUGGAGGCAGAGGAAUAUGAAUAUCGAUUUUUGCAACAACAUUUCAGGCGUGUUUGUUUGAUUGUGUAUCUAGGCACUAAUAAUUUUAAAAUAAUUAAUAAAAAUGAAACAUUUGACUUUGGACUCGAAGCUGGGUGGGUGAGAUUAUUGUAUCACUGUUGUUCCUAAGGGUGGCACGGUGGCAUAGUGGUUAACGCUGCUGCCUCACAGCGCCAGGGUCCUAGGUUCAAAUCCGGCCUAGGGUACUGUCUGUGUGAAGUUUGCAUGUUCUCCAGCACCAUGACACCUGGUGGAGAGAUAAUAUCAUAUUCAACCAAAUUAGUUCUGGCGGGCAAAUCAGAACAAACAUCGCUGAAUUCCUCAAUAAGCUUACGCAGCUCCCGUUGCUGAUCUGGAACCAAUUGUUCCCCCAUCGGAAUGAUUUUAGUGCUAGGAGUCUCUGGACAGGGGCCUAAAUCAUCCUCUGUGUUGCCUGGGGCUAUAAACAAGACCUCCCUUGCCUGCCAGGGCUUUAAUAAAUUCAUAUGAUAAAUUUCACGUUCAUUAUGGCGAUCAGGCUGUCUAAUUUCAUAAUUCACCUUUCCUAUAGCCUGAAUCACUUCAUAUGGCCCCUGCCAUUUAGCACAUAACUUGCAUUACCUUGUGUCGUGGUCAAAAGUUUCGAAUUAGUGCAUUUUUGUUGUAAUGCUGCUGUUGUUGGUGCUGAGCCGAUCUGAGGUUGUCCUGGACCAAACGACCGUCCAAAUCUAGGCGAUCUCUCAGUAGGAGCACAUGCUGCACUACAUUUUUGGAUGAGCCUUUGUGCUCCUCCCACCCCUCUCAACAGAUCGAGAAAGGGAGGGAGAUUUACAACCAGAACUCAUUCUAUUUCUGUCACACAGCCCUAUUAAGCUGUAAUCUAGAGUUACUUCAAAACUUGUAGAUACAUUCAAUCAAUGUUUAAACGGUUCAGACAUUUUAAAAUGCACAAAAUAUCAUCUGUUCAGUUAAAGUCUUAUCUUGUUUCAAUUGUUCAUCACAGUAGAAUUGUUUGUAUUUUUUAAUCUAAAUGUUAUCCACGCUCAGAACUGUGUAAAAAGUAAAAGGCAAUGCAAUUUAACAAAACCAACCGAUUAAAAAAAAAAAACCCUUGGGUUUCCAGAAUUAAAACAGUAUCCAAAGUCAGGAUUCAAAAUUACAGAAUAUAGUGUAAGGCCCUAACAGCAACUACAAAAUCAUCACAGGAUCUAAACCUGUCUAAUGAUUAACUGUUACAAUACCGUAGCUUGUCUUGUUCACUUUGUUUUGGCUGCAUUGUCGUCGGGUGAAACUGGAGGAAGCGCUGUGUAACUGCACAGUAUGGAGGCUGUGUGGUCCAGUGGUUAAAGAAACGGGCUUGUAACCAGGAGGUCCCCGGUUCAAAUCCCACCUCAGCCGCUGACUCAUUGUGUGACCCUGAGCAAGUCACUUUACCUCCUUGUGCUCCGUCUUUCAGGUGAGACGUAGUUGUAAGUGACUCUGUAGCUGAUGCAUAGUUCACACACCCUAGUCUCUGUAAGUUGCCUUGGAUAAAGGCGUCUGCUAAAUAAACUAUAAUGCCACUGAUUUGGCAUUUUAAAAUGCGGGUUGUGACAGAUAUUCAGAUAAAACUGUAACAUUGAAGAGAUUUGCUUUGUAUCAGAAAACUGGUGACAGUCGGAAAUCACGCGUGACGGGCAAGUGUAUUCAUUUGUUACUAUAUAUAUAUAUAUAUAUAUAUAUAUAUGGUGAACGUUGCGCUCACGGUUUAGGUGUUUUAUAAAAGAGGAAGCAGGAAGCCAGAUGAAGGAGAACAGGAAUGUGUUUUAAUUGACUGCAAAUCAAAGAGAAAAUAAAACCACUUCAAAUUGAAUGAUGCCCGCAGGUUGGGCCAGUUAGUAAAUGCACAGUCUCGAUUCAAACAACCAAUUGUAAAAAGAAAAGAAAACCUAGCCCAUUCAUCGGGGCCCUAUCUUAUACUUCUUCAAGGCUAACUAAAGAUCUGAGGUUGGCUAAUCCAAGCUCACAUACCACACAUAUAGAACUGAACAUCCCUGUCCAUUUCUCGCCAGCACAAUGAUCUUUAAGGCCUGCAGCAUUCCAAACCUCCCGUACAGAUUUGAAACUGUACACAGAUUAGUUACAGUCAAUUCUUCAUUCAGCCCUAUAGUAGUUUCCUUCUUUUGUUUCCCAGGUUUAAUUCCUUUCUUCCCACAGGAUUCCCAGGUAAGUAACCAGUGCUCUUAUUGUAUUAUUUGUAUUGUAACACUUGAAAUGUAUUUGCUUAUGAUUGUAAGUCGCCCUGGAUAAGGGUGUCUGCUAAGAAAUAAUUAAUAAUAAUAAUGCUGUCCAAAGUCUGUUUUGUCUUUUCCCUGUUUAAAGUUCUGACGCCAUCUGCUGGCCACUAUUAAUUAUCACAGUCCUUAAUAAAGAAAAACUUU